AUGUAUCACUCGAUAACUCUAAUUGAAAUAUACUGGAUGGAUUCUCUCUGGUUUAUCGCCAGGAUAGAGUGGAUGUGGAGAGGACAUUUCCACUAGUGGGAGAGUCUAGGACCAGAGGGCACAGCCUCGGAAUUAAAGGACGUUCCUUUAGAAAGGCUGCUGCCCGCUGUAGAGGGAUGGCGAUGUGGAUGGCAGUUUUGGCCGUCUUGUUCCCACCCUACACCAUCGUGGAAGCUCGGAAUAACACAAUAGGCUGCCGUAAGAUCCGUCCCCCCCAGGAUGGGGGUAUCCGUUACCCGGGCCUGACCCAGGACCAGAUCCGCAGCAUCGAGGUGCUGCCCGUGGCGUACGAGAUCGAGUACAUCUGCCGGAGUAACAGGGUCAUCGACGGGCCCCGUGUACGCAAGUGUCUCCACAACGGCCUGUGGACCGACAUGGAACAACGCAGCCGGUGUGUCCGUAACUGUUCCCGUUUGGCGUUGAGCCUGGAGAACGGUUCUGUGGUGACGAGGGCGGGGAUGAAGCUGCCGGUGGAGGGGACGGUGGUGGAGUAUCGCUGCAACGCCGGCUUCAAGCUGCUCGGCACCAGCCGACGGCUCUGCACCAAGUACGGCAAGUGGGACAGCAGCAAGCCCGUGUGUCAGGUGGACCGCAUUGGAAACCGCCAGACCCACA